UAUGUAAAUCCCGAUUGUUAUUCGCGAAUUUUUCAUUUGAUUUGUGUUUCUCUGCAUUCGAAAAUAUAGUGGGUACGCGUUUUACUAUAUUUCACUAUGUUUGAGUUGGCAAUAACUUGACAUGCGCGGAAUCAUUGUGAAAACGGUGAAAACUAUUGAGAUCCAGGUUAAGAGAAUUCAAAAUAAUCGAUAUUUCAAGGCAAUAAUAGCACGAAAAUAAUCGCGUACGUGUUUAUUUUCAAUCUUGCGAACGGACGACGAACGGUCUCACACGGAAAGCGUAUGUUUACGCGGUUUAAAGGCAACUGGAGACAUUUAAUCGUCACGCGUGAAAUGUCGAAACAGCGAUCCGCGAGGAAUGCGAAGGCGCCGAAGGCGACGACCACCGCCGAUUCAUCAACGGGACCUGUGAUCUUAGAUAAAGACGGAAACGUUGCGAUUAAAAUUCAGGCCAAGCCCGGAGCGAAGUGUAACAACAUAACUGAUAUUUCUGACGAAGCAGUAGGCAUUGCAAUCUCUGCCCCACCAACGGAAGGUGAAGCCAAUGCCGAGCUCGUCAAGUAUUUAGCUUCGAUUUUUGGAGUAAGAAAAUCCAACGUGACGUUGGAUCGGGGAUCUCGAAGUCGGCAGAAGGUAGUUGUAGUGUCGGGAAUUACGACAGAUCAAGUUUUGGCGAAGUUGAAAGGAGAAAUGAAUAAUUAAAUGUACUUUAAAAAUAACAUUUUUUGUCAUUAAAUAAUUGUUCCCAAUUUA